CCUAAACAUACAAAUCCCCAAAUCUCCAAAUUCUAACAUCUCCGAAUUAUCAUUCAAAAAUUCAAAUAAAAUCCACCUUAUCUUCAUACACGGAAUUUGGAUAUUACUUAAAAUAUCUUGUCCUCAAUUAGUUACUCAGAAACGUAAUCAUGUAACAUCACGGAAUUCAAUGAGCUCCAAUAAAUGAAUAUUAAAUACGUGUUGCGCUGUUAACAAGUCGCCAUUUGUUAUUGCUUUCUGGAUAAAUUGGUUCAUCGCAAAGUCCACUGUCACCUAUGCGUCAUUCACUUACGGUCAAAGUUGCCGGUCGUAUUUGAAUCGUUAUUUCUUAGGAAUAUUUUUAUAGAUAUGAAAAUGGGGUUGAUAGAAUAUUCGUGUACGAAAUUCUUGAAAAGAAUGAUACGUUGUAUCUUCAUAAAGUUUUAUCGAGUUCGGAAAGUACCCCUUCUAGAAAAAUCGCGGACAAUUCUACAUAUUGUUGCAUGCAUAUUGCAUAAAUUACGUUAGUCGUAGACGAUAUAAAAGGAGCUCAUCCACCUGUUCUACGACAUUCUUUCUAUAUCUCAUCCGACGAAACGAUCGUCAUACUUGAAUCAAACUUUUGUUCGAUUUGGCGCUUCGGACAGUUACUUCGUAACAUUCUUUGCGGAGAAAUUGUAAGAAUAAAGCGGGUAUGGCGCCAAACAGCACCAGCUCUCCAACGGGAGUUCUGUUCGAGGGUGAGACGUUAGAGAACACCCCGGUGGUGGUAGAACCAGACAAACAAAAAUAUGUAAGACGUAUUGUCUGGAGAAAUGUGAUAAUCUUCAUUUACCUUCAUCUGGCAGCUGUUUAUGGACUAUACCUAGUGUUUACGUCCGCCAAAUUUGCAACGACCUUGUUUACACUCGCGCUCUACGUUGUAAAUGCCUUCGGAAUCACAGCUGGUGCUCACAGAUUAUGGGCCCACAAAUCGUACAAGGCAAAAUGGCCGCUUCAGUUGUUCCUCAUGAUCAACAACACCAUGGCUUUCCAGGAUGCAGCGAUCGACUGGGCAAGAGAUCACAGGCUCCAUCACAAAUACAGCGAGACGAACGCAGAUCCCCAUAACGCGAAGAGAGGUUUCUUCUUUGCGCAUGUGGGCUGGCUACUCUGCAGAAAACACCCUGACAUCUCAGAAAAGGGCAAAGGAAUCGACCUCAGUGACCUGAAGAAUAAUCGCAUUCUUGCGUUCCAAAAGAAGUACUACAAAUACCUCAUGCCUUUACUGUGCUUCGUUGUGCCGACUGUCAUACCUGUUGUGGGCUGGAACGAGACCUGGUCAAAUGCUUACUUUAUACCGGCAGUAUUGCGAUUCGUGGUUGGUUGGAACACGGCGUGGUUGGUCAACUCCGCUGCUCAUCUCUAUGGAUUCAAACCAUACGACAAGUACAUAAAUCCAGCUGAGAACAAAGGGGUGUCCAUCGUCACCCUCGGCGAGGGUUGGCACAACUAUCACCACGUGUUUCCGUGGGAUUACAAAGCGGCAGAGUUUGGCAACUACAGAUACAGUCCUACAACAGCUUUCAUCGAUCUAUGUGCGAAGCUCGGCCUUGCGUACGACUUGAAGUUUGUUCCCGACGACGUGGUGAGAAAACGAGUGGAGAGAACCGGUGACGGAAGCCACGAAGUGUGGGGCUGGGGUGACAAGGACCAAUCACAGGAUGACAGGGAUCAGACGAUGAUAAUACAUGGAUCUUUGUACAUGCCGGCGGAAUCGGUUUCUAAACGGAAACACUGUUGUUAUUCAGGGAAAAACAUUUGAUCAUUUGGCAGAUUCUAAAUGUAUUAUAUUUGAUCCCUGUGUAAACGAGUGAAACAAUCCCACGAUCAGUCAUCGUUUCGCAUUUCCUCGACGACGUUCAUAGACUGCAGCGAUGGACUAGCGUUCGUUGAUCGCGUUCAAACCGGAUUGGCUUCCCGAUUUUAAUCGACGGUUGUUCGACCUGAUUAGACUGUUUCGUACGUAAUUUAAGGUUUAGUUUAUUCUUGAAUAAGUAGUAGUGAGCACUGUUGGAAUUUAGAUUCUAUUUUACGUUCUCCGUAGAUACUCGCGUAUUCCUAAUGUUUGAACAGUGUAGGGUGGCAAAUUGCGAAACACGCAUUCUGUGAAGGCUAGUCGAACGUUAAUUUAACGAUGACGGAUCGAACGAGAUGGAAAUCGAUGUUCGGUUGAAAU